AUGAAACAACUCGCCGAGGGCAUCAAAGCCGACGCGACUCACGCUCGUAUAGCGAACUUGGGAACGAGGUUAUUCACCCUCGCCUCAUUUCUGGCCGAUCCACCCUCUGCAUUCACUGCUGAGGUCAAAACAAAAGCAAUAGAGGUGUUACUGAGCCUCCGAAAGGUGUUUGUGGUAAAAGUUCUUGACGAAUCCGAGCUUCUUGCAGUUGAGAUUUCUCGAGAAAUUGAGACCCGGCUUAGCGAUUGGGACACGGUAAGAGAAAGCAACCGUGUUCUCGGAUACAUUAGAACAAACCCCGAAGAAGCAGAUAGACUCGCGGACCUCUGUGAUGUUCUGCGUUCCAAGAUUUCGUCAUCAGCGAAAAAUUGGCAGACUCAUCUGCCCAAAAGCUUCACGGCUCCGAGACCUAAUAACUAUGCAGAUAUCAUCAACAAAAAACUUUACGACAGCGUUAAACUGCAUACGAAGUGCGAUCAUACUGACGACCGGGGAUGUGAAAGGCAUAUUCGCGAUCCCUGCGUCGACACUUGGCUUCCGACGAGGCUACGUCUUGGUGGUCCGUCUAAAUCUUCAGAGUGGGCCAUGUUUGACAUUGCAACAUCUUCCCUUGCGUGCGGAUUUUGGAACCAGUUUAGAUGGGUUCUUUCAAUACACGAUGAAGGAGUACUUGAGCCCAACAAAAAGCCACCUCGAGUGACUUUCAAGGUUCCCAGUCAGAAAGAGAAUGAUGAUAGCGAGGAUCAGUACAAAGUUGAUUAUGACGACCUCGCCAACGCAGUCCCACGGCCACCCGGCUAUAUCUGUCAGAUAUUGAACGCCGAUGAAAGCUCUCUUUGUAUUGAGCUACAACUUGUUCCGCAGACCGGUCUUGUCGAACGGGAACAACCGGUUUUGAUUGAGGCGAUGUAUCCACAUGGGGGAGUAAACCUCCUCGAAGUCUUUGACACCUAUUUUCCACUCACGGUGAAGGACAAGAUAACUCUUUCCCAUAUCGUGGCCCAAUCUUUUUGGCAAUUAUACGCCUCUGAUAUGAUGCAAUCCGUUUGGACAAGUGAGACUAUAUGGUUCAUGCACGAGCACGAUAAGGAUGAAAACGGAGACCGCCUAGAUAUAGUCAGUGGCAAGUUGCCGAUUAAUCCCUAUAUCACCUUCGACUUUGACACCGACCAAAAAAAGGUUGCGGAAUCACCCAGGUGGGACGGCAAACGAAAAUCUCCCCAUAUGUUCCCACACAUCCUGGCGCUUGGGGCUUUAAUUCUUGAUAUCGGCCUCGGAAGAUCUGUUGGCAAGCCAAAGUACAGGUGCCUAAUGAGCCGGGAGGACAUGCUUUUAGCUGUUGCUGCUAUUAAUACUGGUAUAAGGCGACUUGAGGACACUCAGUGGGACGGAUUUACUCUCCACAAGUCAUUAUUCACCGCGGUCAUAAAAUAUUGCUUAAGCUAUAAAGACCAGAGGCCCCAACCAGGCGCAAAAAAGGCUACCGGAACUCAGGAGCACAAAGAUUCCUCAAGCAUCAGCGAUACAUCAUCCCCUGUUUUCAUGAGGAAAAAAGAAGUAUAUGAAAACGUGGUCCGACCGCUAGCCUGGCUAGCAGGAGCUUUUUAUGAGAAAACCAAUGAUGUUACUUGUGCAUAUAACCUGCCUACACCAUAUUUAAAGAAGCUUCAAAUUCGAGCUCGUGGGCAUGAUUUGCCUUCCACAACAGAAAGCAAUAAUGUUCUGAAAGACAAUGAUCAUUAUUUUCAAAAUUUCAUGAAUUUUAAUGCUUCAAUUCAUGAACUUCAAGAAAAUCUAAAUAGUUCUGAAAAGCCUCGUCCACUAAAGAUCGCCAUAUUGGACACCGGUUAUAAGUCAGAUAUGCCUUGUUUCCAAGAUAGAGAGAAUCAGGGAAAGCCACUUGGGAAAAUAUCCUGGAAGGAUUACACAAGCAGCCCUCCAUUACAUAAAGGAGUCGACGAAGAUGGCCAUGGCACAUUCAUGACCCAGCUGGCUAUGAACUCAGCUAUGCUAGCAGACAUUUACGUUGUUCGCAUUGCGCGGACGCGAGAUAAACAGGAGAUAUUGCAAAGGAAGGAUAACAUCAAAGAAGCGAUCACCUGGGCAGGAAUCAAAGAGAAGGUAGACAUUAUCUCGAUGUCAUUCGGGAUCGAGAGUGGUGAUGAUAGUGUGCGCGAAAUUCACAAUGCAAUAACCAUUGUUAACACGGAACGUAAAGGACAGGUGAUUUUUUUAGCUGCAGCAAGUAACGACUCGAGCUAUCAAUUCGAUAUGUUUCCUGCGCGGCACCCAUGUGUCAUUUCGAUUCACGCAACCAACGAGAAAGGGGUAUUCAUUUUCAAUCCAUCAACUCCUGAUUGCAUAUUAGGUACAUUCAGCGAGGGGCUAAAAGAGAAUGCGUUCACCGCCAACGAAUUCAAUGCGAAGACCACUUCACGAUUUCACCUGGUCAUGUAUUGA